AUGGCCACACUUCACACACUAUCUUCUUGUUGGUGGUGGACUGUUUCACAUUGUUUAAUAGGAUGUGCAUUGCGAAUUAAGCAGCAAAUACAGCUAAUUGUUAAUGUGUAAUGCAAAAGUGCAAGUGUUCGCGCGCCAGCCAACAUCAAUUCUAAACAUACGCCGCGUGUAACGCUCUAAAGCUUAAAGCGUACGCCUACAAAAACUAACGAGCGCUGCUGCUGCAUAAAAAAGAAGGAAAAGAGUGGCGAGCUAUAUUAUUGUUGUUGUUGUUGUUGCGUUCUGCUGUGUCGUGCGUGAGUGCGUGCGUUCCUUCGUGCGUCUCUGUUGUAUUUCGUGUCUGUUUUUGUUUUUUGUUUGUUGUUCGUGAAGUCUUUUUUGUUGUUGUUUUGCAACCACGGCAAGUGGAAAGUUCACGCGCACGCAUACAAGUGCAAAAGCAGAAGGCACACACACGCACACUUGUGUGUGUGUGUCCAUGUGUGUAUGCGUGUGUAAGUUUGUGCAUAUGUGUGUGUCGGCAGCAGCGGCAACCAUAAAUACAAAACGCUGGGAAAAUCGAAUUUAAAACAACAACAACCGAACUAGAGAGAAGCAGCAGAAGGAGGAGGCGAAAGAAUACAACAACUGUAACAAUGUCCAGCACAAUCGAAUUCGAGACAAUUGGCAGUCGGCUGCAGUCGCUGGAGGUGGCGCUGCAGGCGCAAAACGAAUCACAUGAACAAAUCGUCUUAUCAAAGCGUGUUCGGCCAACAACAAUAUCGACAACAACAACAAACACAGGAGCAGCAACAGCGACACCAAACAGUGCAGCGGCCAUUAACGCCGCAGCGGCGGCAGCAUCACAAGCUCAAACAGCAGCAGCAGCCGCCGCUAGCGCUGCCUCUGUCUCUGCCGCCAACAAUGUCGCCGCCGCCUCACCAAACAGACCAGCGACAGCGCUGCCGGUGCCAACGUCGACGUCAGCGUCUCUGUCGUCUGGUAUCUUUGCUGGCGGGGGCUUUGCCCCGCCCACCAGGAGUAUGCGCCCAACGCCCAGUUUGCCCAUACCUGAAUCUGGAGGAUCGACGCGACGUCGCAUGGUGCUGCCACUGCCCACACAGCUGCAUCCUUCCGAAACGGAAACGGAUAAGAAGCUGAAGAUGAUAAUGGGCCAGACGGGCAAACUGAAUAUCAAUGGCCAUCAAUAUCCGACAGAUAUCCACGAUCUGCAGCAUCUGGGCGAUCUGGGCAAUGGAACCAGCGGCAAUGUGGUCAAAAUGCUGCACGUCUCCAGCAAUACGAUCAUUGCCGUCAAACAGAUGCGACGCACCGGCAAUGCCGAGGAGAACAAACGCAUUCUGAUGGAUCUGGAUGUAGUGCUCAAGUCGCAUGACUGCAAAUAUAUCGUCAAGUGUCUGGGCUGUUUUGUGCGCGAUCCGGAUGUCUGGAUCUGCAUGGAACUGAUGUCCAUGUGCUUCGAUAAGUUGCUCAAAUUGACCAAGAAGCCGGUGCCGGAGCCCAUUCUUGGCAAAGUCACGGUGGCGACGGUCAAUGCUUUGUCCUACCUGAAGGACAAACACGGCGUCAUCCAUCGCGACGUGAAGCCAUCGAACAUUUUGAUUGAUGAGCGCGGCAAUAUAAAGCUAUGCGAUUUUGGGAUUAGCGGACGUUUAGUGGACUCCAAGGCGAACACACGUUCCGCUGGCUGUGCAGCCUAUAUGGCGCCGGAACGCAUCGAUCCGAAGAAACCAAAGUACGAUAUACGAGCAGAUGUCUGGUCAUUGGGCAUAUCGCUAGUGGAGCUGGCAACUGCACGCUCACCAUACGAGGGCUGUAAUACGGACUUUGAGGUGCUGACCAAGGUGCUCGACUCGGAGCCCCCAUGUUUGCCCAGCGGCGAGGGAUACAAUUUUAGUCAACAGUUUCGUGACUUUGUCAUCAAGUGCCUCACUAAGAACCAUCAGGAUCGACCCAAGUAUCCGGAGCUGCUGGCUCAGCCGUUUAUCAAGAUGUAUGAGCAGGCCAAGAUCGAUGUGCCUGGCUGGUUUCAAAAUGUGAUGGACUCCGCUGCUGGGAAGCGUAUGCGCGCCAAUGGUGAUGCCACCCUAACGAGAGCAACAGCAACAGGAACAGGCACAACAACAACAGCAGCAGCAGCAGCAGCAGCAACACGCGCCAAGGAAGCUGCAACAUUGUAUGGAAGAACUGCAACGGCAACAGCAACAACAGCAGCAGCAGCAGCAGCAACCACGCGUAGUCCAACGCAAACACAAACGCUGAAGACAAUAAAACCCACACAGAUUCCAAGCUACCAGCAGCAGCAGCAACAGUUGCCGGUUACGCAGUAUUUCAUACAAUCAGCCACACAACUACCUCAACAAACAGCAACAUCAGCAACGGCGGCGUCAAACACAUUGAACUACUUCAGCAGCGGCGGCAGCGGCAGCAGCAGCAGCGGCGCCAGUCCGCUGUCGCCGCCGUCAAGCGCUGCUGUCACUGUUCCGGCUGCUGGCGGGCACAAUGACAUUGGCAAGCUCUAUCGCAAGUCGCCUUUCAUGCAGCGCAAGCUGAGCAAUGGCUCCCACUACAAGUACAGCGACGAGAGUCCCAAGAAGGAGUCUGUUUUCAGCAGCAUAGGUCAAUCGAUUUUACGCAAUUUAACCUCAUCGCCGUUCAGCCAGAAGAAGCAUCAGCCCAUUGUGACAGCGACAACACCAACGGCAGCCACACCAACAGCAGCAACAGCAACAACAGCAACAACAGCAACAACGCCAACAACACUGCCGCAUCACAAUAAGAAAGUGAAAACGCCCACGGAACUGUUGGCCACGCCCAAAUGGCGACUGCCCCACGAUACCUGUGAUAGUAGAAUUGAUAAUGUCAACUUGGCGCUCAGUUCACCCACGCUGCAGCGCAAGCAUCUGAUAAUGGAGCAAUCCACAGCGACAGCGACAGGAACAGGCACAACAACAACGUUGCCAACAACAUUGCAGCUCAACAAUCAGCAACAACAACAGCAACAACAGCAACAGCUGCAGCAGCAGCGAUUGCAGCCGGGCAAUCAAAGUCCCAUAGUGUUGCAGCGCUUCUACCAUCAACAGAAUCAGCUGCGCGAAAAAGAAGCAGCCGAGCGGCAACAGCAACAACAACAACAACAGCAGAAGCAGCAGCAAUUCCAACAGCUCCCACAACAUUAUCAGAUGCAAUCGCAAUCCCAACAGCUUCCACAGUCCCAUCAGUCGCCGGAGUUGUAUCACUUUCUGCAGUCGCCGCCGGCGCCGGCGCCGCCGCUGACGCCAACGAUGCUGCGCGCUGCGCCGGCUGCAGCCGCUGCGACCAGCACCAAUCCGUUUCACAGCAACUAUGUGGCGCCACCGUCGUCGCACUCCACCUCUAGUCAAUCCUCGACGCAGUCGACGUGCUCCCAAAUAGCCAGCGCAGCGCCCGCCUCUCCCUGUGCCACAGCCGCCGGACACUUUGGUGUGGGCACUGCGGCCCAACUGCAGUAUCAGCCAUUGCCGCUAACGCCCACUACAGCAGCAGCAGCAGCUCCAGCAGCGGCAGCAGCUGGCGACAGCAGCAGCCAGCCCCCCAGCAGAUCGCCCGAGCAGCUGCCGCCGGACUAUGGCACGGCGCCAGUAGCUGGCAGCAAGCUGAGCAAAUUGUAUGCACGUCGCCAGCUGCUGGGACAGCAGGCGAGCAGCAAUCUGGAAGCCAGAGAGCAGCAGCAGCAGCCGCCGCAUCUCUACAGCACGCAAACGGAUGCCGGCUGGUUCAAUACACUCGCCGGCGCCAUGAAGCGACAAUUUGCGACCUAUGUUAAAACCCAAUUGAAUUCCACAGCGACGGCCCAGACGCUGGCCAAUGGCAACGAACAGGAGUCGGCGCAGCCACCAGCGCCGCCAGCCUAUCGCAGCCUAAGCAAUAAUGGCACCAACACCACCAGCGGCAGCUACAACCACAACCACAAUGCGACAGCCAAAACGUAUUAUUAUCGCACGCUGUCGGCGGCGAGCAGCAACAGCAGCAGCCACAGCCAGAGCCAGAGCCACAGCCACAACACCAGCCAGAGCACCUCGCCCACUACGGAGCCACUGACGGGCACUGCGGCGGUGGCGCAUGGCAUUGCUGGCGGCGGCGGCGGUGGCGCGCCGACGGCGAUGGCGACGAGCGGCUUCCUGCGGCGCUAUGCCAGCAGCGGCAUUGUUGCCGGCAACCACAGCAGCGGCAGCAGCAGCACACCGCCCAGCCCACACUUGCUGGCCGGACUGGAUAGGCGGCAUCGCAGUCCGGAUCCGCCGCCGCGCUACAAUCGCGGCCAGUCGCCGCUGCUGCUGCGCAAAAAUCUGCUCGAGCUCAGCGGACAGCCGGCGGGCUCACCGCUGCUGCAGCGACGCUAUGUGUCGGCAUCGCCGCCCUUGCCGCCGCCGCGUCGCGGAUCGGAGAGUGUGCCCGGAUCGCCGCAGCAUUUUCGCACGCGCAUCCAUUAUACGCCCGAGCCGCAGCGACGCAUCUAUCGCACCAUAGAUCAAUGAGUAGCGCUGCAAAUAAUGGUCAUGUGAUGUUGGUAUGGCUUUGAUGAUGUGGCCGACGAGGAGGCGGCACAGGCAGCAGCAGCAGCAGCAGCAGGAGCAGGAGCAGGAGCAGGAGGAGGAGGAGCAGCAGCAGCAGCAGCAGCAGGAGGAGCAACGGAUGCUAGACCAGCGGCAACGUCUAGACGCUCGCUGGACUUUUAAGCAGCUAGCAAGAA